ACCCUUCCCGUGAUGCAGCGCGCCGCCCCGAGUCCCCAGUGGGCCGCCAUGUUGUUGGAGUGAAAGGCAGGGGGAGCGGCAGGCAGAGCUAGAGGCCGGGGGGAGGGGGGGCCUUUGAGAUCCAUCUUCAUCCUACCGUUCCGCCCGUGAGUAUCCGGACCGGAGUAGGCCAAAACGGGACUCGGCACCUCAGGAGGCCCGAUGGUAUUGGUGGAAUGAGCGUUGCGUGUGUUUUGAAGAGAAAAGCAGUGCUCUGGCAGGACUCCUUCAGCCCCCACCUGAAACAGCACAGUCAAGAUACAGCUAAUCCCAACAUGCCUGUUGUUUUGACAUCUGGAACAGGGUCCCAGGCUCAGCAACAGCCCGCUGCAAAUCAAGCCCUUGCAGCAGGGACCCACUCCAGCCCUGUUCCUGGAUCUAUAGGGGUUGCAGGCCGCUCCCAGGACGACGCUAUGGUGGAUUACUUCUUUCAGAGGCAGCAUGGUGAGCAGCUUGGGGGAGGCGGAAGUGGUGGAGGCAGCUAUAAUAACAGCAAACAUCGGUGGCCUACUGGGGAUAACAUUCAUGCUGAACAUCAGGUUAGAUCUAUGGAUGAACUAAAUCAUGAUUUUCAAGCACUUGCUUUGGAAGGAAGGGCUAUGGGAGAGCAGCUUUUGCCAGGUAAAAAAUUUUGGGAGUCUGAUGAUUCUAGCAAAGAUGGACCAAAAGGAAUAUUUUUGGGUGAUCAAUGGAGAGACAGCGCUUGGGGAACAUCAGAUCAUUCUGUUUCCCAACCAAUCAUGGUUCAAAGAAGACCUGGUCAAGGUUUUCAUGUGAAUAGUGAGGUUAACUCUGUACUCUCCCCAAGAUCAGAAAGCGGAGGACUUGGAGUAAGCAUGGUGGAAUAUGUAUUGAGCUCAUCUCCAGGGGAUUCCUGUCUCAGAAAAGGAGGUUUUGGGCCAAGGGAUGCUGAGAGUGACGACAAUGAUAAAGGUGACAAGAAAAAUAAGGGCACAUUUGAUGGUGAUAAAUUAGGUGAUUUAAAGGAAGAGGGAGACGUAAUGGACAAGGCUAAUGGUUUGCCUGUACAGAAUGGAAUUGAUGCCGAUGCAAAAGAUUUUAGCCGGACACCUGGUAACUGCCAGAACUCUGCAAAUGAUGUGGAUCUUUUAGGGCCAAACCAGAAUGGAUCUGAGGGCUUAGCCCAGCUAGCUAGUACGAAUGGUGCCAAGCCUGUGGAGGAUUUCUCCAACUUAGAGUCCCAGAGUGUUCCACUGGACCCCAUGGAGCAUGUUGGCAUGGAACCGCUUCAGUUUGAUUACUCUGGCACUCAGGUACCUGUGGAUUCAGCUGCAGCAACUGUGGGCUUAUUUGACUACAAUUCUCAACAACAGUUGUUCCAAAGACCGAAUGCACUUGCUGUUCAGCAACUGACAGCAGCACAACAACAGCAAUAUGCAUUGGCAGCUGCUCAUCAGCCACACAUAGGUAUGUUUUCAGCAGGUUUAGCUCCUGCUGCUUUUGUGCCCAAUCCAUACAUCAUCAGCGCUGCUCCUCCAGGAACAGAUCCCUAUGCAGCAGGACUUGCAGCGGCUGCAACAUUAGGGCCUGCAGUUGUCCCUCAUCAGUACUAUGGAGUGGCUCCCUGGGGAGUGUAUCCUGCCAGUCUCUUCCAACAGCAAGCUGCUGCCGCCGCCGCUGCAACAAACUCCUCAAAUCAGCAGACCACUCAGCAGACCCAGCAAGGACAGCAACAGGUUCUUCGUGGAGGAGCCAGUCAGCGCCCUUUGACACCAAAUCAAAACCAACAGGGCCAGCAAACUGAUCCAUUAGUGGCAGCGGCAGCAGUGAAUUCAGCUCUUGCUUUUGGGCAAGGGCUGGCAGCAGGGAUGCCAGGUUAUCCAGUGCUGGCUCCUGCAGCUUACUAUGACCAAACAGGUGCUCUCGUGGUGAAUACAGGGGCUAGAAACGGCCUAGGAGCCCCGGUACGACUGGUGGCCCCUGCUCCUGUCAUCAUCAGUUCCUCAGCAGCACAAGCAGCAGUUGCAGCUGCUGCUGCUUCAGCAAAUGGUGCUGCUGGUGGUCUAGCAGGAACGACCAAUGGACCGUUUCGCCCUCUAGGGACUCAGCAGCCGCAGCCACAACAGCAGCCCACCAGCAACUUGGCCUCCAGCUCUUUCUAUGGCAACAACUCCCUAACAAGCAAUUCCCAGAGCAGCUCACUCUUUUCUCAGGGCUCUGCCCAGCCUGCCAACACUUCCCUUGGCUUUGGGAGCAGCAGUUCCCUUGGUGCUACGCUGGGAUCUGCACUGGGAGGCUUUGGAACAGCAGUUGCAAACUCCAACACAGGCAGUGGCUCUCGCCGAGACUCUCUGACAGGCAGCAGUGACCUGUAUAAGAGGACAUCUAGCAAUUUGACUCCUAUUGGACACAGCUUUUAUAAUGGCCUUGGAUUUUCCUCUUCUCCGGGGCCCGUUGGCAUGCCUUUACCUAGUCAAGGACCUGGGCAUUCUCAGACUCCACCACCAUCCUUAUCUUCUCAUGGAUCUUCUUCGAGUUUAAACCUUGGAGGGCUCCCUAAUGGAAGUGGCCGUUACAUCUCAGCGGCCCCUGGAGCUGAAGCCAAGUACCGCAGUGCAAGCAGUGCCUCCAGCCUCUUCAGCCCCAGCAGUACACUCUUCCCUUCCUCACGCUUGCGUUAUGGGAUGUCUGACGUCAUGCCCUCUGGUCGUAGCAGGCUGCUUGAAGACUUCCGUAAUAACAGAUACCCGAACCUACAGCUGAGGGAGAUUGCCGGUCACAUCAUGGAGUUUUCCCAAGAUCAGCAUGGAUCAAGAUUUAUCCAGCUUAAAUUGGAGCGUGCCACUCCAGCUGAACGCCAGCUUGUAUUUAAUGAAAUCCUGCAGGCAGCUUAUCAGCUGAUGGUUGAUGUGUUUGGAAACUAUGUAAUCCAGAAAUUCUUUGAGUUUGGCAGCCUGGAGCAAAAACUUGCCUUGGCAGAACGUAUCCGUGGCCAUGUCCUCUCCCUGGCUUUGCAAAUGUACGGCUGCAGAGUUAUCCAGAAGGCUCUUGAGUUUAUCCCUCCAGACCAGCAGGUAAUUAACGAGAUGGUCCGGGAACUAGACGGUCAUGUGUUGAAGUGUGUGAAAGACCAGAAUGGUAAUCACGUUGUGCAGAAGUGCAUUGAAUGUGUGCAGCCCCAAUCACUGCAGUUCAUCAUUGAUGCAUUUAAGGGGCAGGUGUUUGCCUUGUCUACCCAUCCAUAUGGCUGCCGUGUCAUUCAGAGGAUCCUUGAGCACUGUCUACCUGAACAGACGCUCCCCAUCCUAGAAGAGCUUCACCAACACACAGAACAGCUUGUGCAGGAUCAAUAUGGGAACUAUGUUAUCCAACAUGUACUUGAACAUGGACGACCUGAAGAUAAAAGCAAGAUUGUGGCAGAAAUUAGGGGCAAUGUGCUUGUACUGAGUCAACAUAAAUUUGCCAGCAAUGUUGUGGAAAAAUGUGUUACACACGCGUCCCGCACUGAGCGUGCCAUGCUGAUAGAUGAGGUGUGUACUAUGAAUGAUGGCCCUCACAGUGCCUUAUACACCAUGAUGAAAGAUCAGUACGCCAACUAUGUGGUACAGAAAAUGAUCGAUGUGGCGGAGCCGGCCCAAAGAAAGAUUGUCAUGCACAAGAUCCGGCCACACAUUGCCACUCUUCGCAAAUAUACCUAUGGAAAACACAUCUUGGCCAAGCUGGAAAAGUAUUACAUGAAAAAUGGGGUUGACCUUGGGCCCAUUUGUGGACCACCAAAUGGUAUCAUCUGAAACAAUGAGCUACAAAAGAGAGCCAGUGACCACCUGGGAUUUACAACCAGCAGCCGCUCAUGUUCCAAUAUAUGCUUUGAAAAUAUUCAUGGUUGCUCAAUGUAGACAUGAGAAUUACAAAAAAAAGAAAAGAAAAAAAGGCAAAAAGACCCUUUGUAAAUUUCUUUAAUUUUAUUCUGCAUAACAUGUACUAAUUAUUUUUUUAAAUACUUAAUUGCCCUGCUGUUUCAGUGGUGUAUAGAAUUCUUGUACAUAGGCAACACAUGUACAUGGAAAGCCACAUUUUUGUUCACUGAUGUAACUAUUUCAAAUAUGGAAACUUUCAGGGUGGCUAAUAUGAAUUUAAAGAAAAUACCAUUUUUAACUCCUCUACCUUGAAGGAGAGCUUUUUGGAAAAUGCCUGUUUUGUUCUCUUUUAGUCAGAACUCAAAGAGAAGUUUAAAAUUUUAGUUAAAUUGCACAAAUCUGCAUUUAACAGUUUAUAAAUUAAAAAAAAUCAAUUUGCUAAAGCUUCAAUUAAGAUAAGUUUUUAAGUUUCAGAAACUUUUAAAUUCUUUUUUCUUAAUAUUAACAUGCUAAAGAACUAACCUUAGCAGUCAAUAUUGGGAGAGAACAUGCACACCAAGAAAGUUUUUAAAGUAGAUGGCGGGUGUGUGGUUACUGCCUACUCCAGUUUCUUCUGUUAACACAGAGGCAUUUUUUUAUUAUUAUUAUUUAGCAUGUAGAGAAAAAAUCCAACUCAACUUUGGUCUUGCUUCUAUAAAUAUAUAGUGUAUACUUGGUGUAGACUUUGCAUAUAUAAAAAUUUGUAGUAUUUUCUUGUUUUGAUGUCUAAUCUGUAUCUAUAAUGUACCCUAGUAGUGGAACAUACUUUUGAUUGUACAAUUGUACAUUUGUAAACCUCUGUAAUGUAAAUGUGGAGAAGUUUGAAUCAACAUAAACCCAUUUUUGGUAAGAAAAUAAAUUAGCAAACCCCGUGCAUUUCAGUGUAUAUUCACCCCUUUUAUGGUCGUAGCAUAUAGUGUUGUAUAUUGUAAAUUGUAAUUUCAACCAGAAGUAAAUUUUUUUCUUUCGAAGGAAAUGUUCUCUUUAUACAGCCUGGUUAAUGUUUAAAAGAAAUGCUUGGUUUUUUAUUUGUCACCUAGUCAAGAGAGUAGCAAUCCUUUCUAAAUGUUCUACACAAAUGAUUCAGUUCAAAAAUAGUGUUUAUUUGACUCUUAAAAAAAAAAAGUAAUGUUUUACUUAUUUUGUGGCAGUAAAAAAGUGCAGAAAAGUACAACCCACCCCUAGUAUUCCUUUACAAUCAGAGUCCCCCUUUCACCUUGUAAAGUGUGAAUCACUUUGCCUUUUUGUACAGAAGAUAAACUGUAUUUUGCAUUUUGUCUACUUGUAAGUGAAUGUAACAUACUGUCAAUUUUCCUUGUUUGAAUAUAGAAUUGUAACACUACACGGUGUACAUUUACAGAGCCUUGUGUAUAUUUCCAAUGAACCUUUUUGCAAGCACACUUGUAACCAUAUGUGUAUAAUUAACAAACCUGUGUAUGCUUAUGCCUGGGCAACUAUUUUUUGUAACUCUUGUGUAGAUUGUCUCUAAACAAUGUGUGAUCUUUAUUUUGAAAAAUACAGAACUUUGGAAUCUG